AUGGCUGAUCGGUCGCAGCCGAGUCCUGGCCUGGUGGCGAGAGGAUGGCAAGUACUCCAGGUAGACUACUCCAACCAAGCAGACCUUCAAUUCAAGCUAGCUGGCGUCGACACGGUCAUCUCGACGAUCAGUGGCAAUGCUCAAUUGGCACUGAUUGACGCGGCGGCAGCUGCCCAUGUCCGGCGAUUUGUACCUUCAGAAUUUGGAGGCCCUCCUUCCUUACGUCCUCAAGACGAUCUCCUCGACGAUGGGCGGCGUGCUGCUAUCCUCCGGCUCCACCACCUUGAAUCGUCGGGCAUGAGAUAUGCCGUCUUCGCUUGCGGGGUGCUCUAUGAAAGAUUCGCUCCGGGCGGGAUGGUUGCCUCACAGAUUGGGUUGCGAAGCGACAUUGGACAAGAGGGUGACUAUCUGAUGGAUUUCCGUCGCAGAAGAGCGCAGAUUCCAUAUCUGAACACCGCCGGGCAACCUGCUAUGAUUUGUAUGACUUCUGCACAAGACGUGGCCAGGUUUGUGGUUGCAGCCUUGGAUCUGCCUUCAUGGCCGCGAGAAUUCAGGCUAAGGGGAGAACGCAUGAGUGUCCGAGAUGUCGUCGCCAUCGCCGAAGAAAUCCAAGGGCGAUCAUUUGAAAUUUCCGGCCACACGAGAAGCUCGUUGCAAGAUGCUCUGACAUAUGCACGAGCGGUGGGAGACCAAGCUCGAGAAACCAGGGUUCAUCAUUUGAUCUCUACGGCGGAAGGUCGCUAUGAUUUCGUCAACACAAACCUCAAUCAAUUGGUGACGGUCCGUCCGGAGGGAUUUCGUGACUGGCUGGUGCGCGUAUGGUCGUAG